CGCAUCCACGAAAAUCCCAACCUGAAGACUUUGGAUUUCAUUUCGCGAUGGGCUCCGACAUUCUACUACGCACAGACAAGCUCGACGUGGCCCUGGAGGAGAGCCAUUCGUCCACCAAUGUUCCAUAACACACAUCUAGCAUGCUCUACCCUACUCGACUACCCGACAACAACGUCCGACUGCUCACGAUUUUGCCCUCAAACGAUGCUGAUGCUCCCAUAGGAUUCGAGCUAUGUCAGUACGAUGUGUCCAGCGCACCCGCUUACGAAGGGCGAACCAAACGACCUGGCUGUAGUGACAUGCAGCGGACUCAGCGUCAAUGUUACGAAAAAUCUUCGAAACGCCUUGUGGAGGAUACGCAACUCCACGGAUCCUAAAACUAUCUGGGCUGAUACUCUGUGUAUGAAUCAAAUGGACCUUAAGGAGAUUAGCGUUCAUGUACCGCUCAUGGGUCGAGUGUUCUCGCAAGCUACCAACACGGUCAUUUAUCUCGGCGAAGCAAGUCUUGAAGAGGCCGUCGCAGUCGAAGCUGAUCUGAUGGCAUUCCUCGAAUUCAUGGUAAAUCUUGCGAUGAAACCAGACCCCGUCAGUCCUGGCUACGAGUUCGGGAAUUGUCUUUUUGGAGUCUACCCGAACAAGCUACUCUUGAAAUAGUUUGGAGCGCCUUUGAGAGUUUUUCAAGGCAGAUUGGUUCAAGCGCAUAUGAUGCGUUCAAGAGAUCAUGCUGGCUCGCGACUCAGGGCGUCACUCUUAUUUGUUGCGGUAUCGGUUGGUCCGUACAGUGUCUGACUAUACCCCUGACCACUACCCUGGACUAGUGUGUUACAGGUCAGAUAUAUAGUCGUCUCCUCCUAGCUAGAUAGCAACUCAGCGCAACAUUACAUCAACUUGAUAGUCC